GUGUUUUCUCUUGAACUCCCUACCACAUAACACAGAAUACACUCCCUAAGCCUGCUUGUUGAGACUGGCAGGGCGCAGGGCCCUUUGCAUUCCCCCCCCCCUUAACUAAUAAUUGCGGCGCUGCCUGCACUAAAUCUCUCCGCCCCACGCCUUCACAUUUCCUAAGCGCGAUCGACGUCGUCCAACACGAGGGAGUGCUUCUACGUCAGUACGGAGUAGAAAAACCCUUCUGCCUGCCGUGUCUUCGGUCUCUUUGACUCGGAAUCUUCUUGACCACCUCCUUCAACCUCUCAGAUCCGCGUUGUGUGCCGCGAGUUUAUUGUUGCGGCGAGGGUGCCCCUCUUUUUCCUCUUAUUUUUAGCAUCCCUGCGCCCAGCUGGUUACGUCAAGAUGGCCUAUAACAAAUCCUACAAUCCGGAUGCCCUGCCAGCACACGCCGAACCCGAGCAGGUCGCGCAAAUGAUCGGACAGAUGCAAGUCUCGCAUGCUCAGCACAAACCCGUCUCGUCUCGACUACCACUUCCAUCUCAGAGUUCCGCGAGCAGCGGGGUACCGCCGCGGGUUCCCGUCUCGCACGCUUCUUCGCCGGGCCCUCAACACCAGUCGUACAAUGGCCGGGGUGGUAGCACCCCGGGACAUCUCAACAACCGACCACAUCCUCUGCAUCCGUCACCGCCGCCACAGAAUUACGGGUUUGGCCCGCCACCCGUGCAGCCGGUGCGCAACCGCCCGCCGCCGCAGUCGCGUCCUCCGGCGAACUCGCACCCUCCCGCGCUGACCACGCCCGACGAUGACCCGCAGCAGCUGUUCCCGCUGUUCCGGGCUGCCAAUUCGUCUCAUUCCGGGGCGCUGACGGAGCUGGAACUGGGUUCGGCGCUGGUCAACGGGGACUUUUCGUCGUUCCACCCGAAGACGGUCAAGAUGAUGAUCCGCAUGUUCGACCGGAACGGCAGCGGGACGAUCUCGUUCGACGAGUUUGUCUCGUUGUGGCGCUACCUCGCGGCGUGGCGGGAACUGUUUGAGCGGUUCGACGAAGACCGUAGCGGUCGGAUCAGUCUGACGGAGUUUGAAAAGGCGCUGGUCGCGUUCGGGUACCGACUCAGCCAGCCCUUCGUCACCGUGCUCUUCUCCACGUUUGAAGCCAAGGGACGGCAGGUCGCGGGCCACAACGCGCCGGGAAUGAGCUUUGAUCUGUUUGUGCAGGCGUGUAUCAGUCUGCGCCGCAUGACAGACGUCUUUAAGCGGUACGACGACGACCGCGAUGGAUACAUCACCGUCAGUUUCGAGGAGUUUCUCACUGAAAUCCUACAAUUGCAGGAUUAA